UCUCAAAAGGACAAAUCACUUAUAAUCAAAAAAAAUUUCGGUGUAAAAUGGAUGGAAUAGAUGAAAGUAAUUGGGAUCCGUGUAAUUUAUUAUUAUCACCGGGUGAAAAUGAUAAAUAUGCGGUUUUAGUGUUAAAUACACCUAUAACAUUGAUUUUUAACACUGAGCAGGUGCUAAAUUUAUGGAAUAAAGCUUUAAUUCGAAUCACCGUUGAUGGUGGAACAGAUAAAUGGUUAGAUUGGCUAAAACAAAACGAUUUACAUCAAAACACAAUUAAAAAUAUCGAUUUAAUAACUGGCGAUAUGGAUUCAAUAAAACCGGAAACUUUAGAAGCUUUCAAAGAAUCAUCAACAAUAAUCAUUAAUACCUAUGAUCAAGAAGAAACCGAUUUUACAAAAGCUAUUUUAGAAUUAAAAUCAAUUUCGUGCAAACUGAAUUUAGAUAUCGAAUAUGUUGUAGCUUUUAACAGUGUUUGUGGACGUUUUGAUCAAGUUUUGGGUAAUGUGAAUACGCUUUAUAAAAUCAAUCGGCUAUGGCCUGAAAUUCGAAUUUUAAUCGUUACCAACAGUAUUACAUGGUUGCUAAGUGUUGGACAACAUCGGAUUCAAAUUCCAAGUAAUUUGAAGAAAUCACAAGAGUGGUGUGCCUUAAUUCCAGUGGGAAAUAAAACUUUUUUAACUACCAGUGGGUUAAAGUGGAAUUUGGAUAAUUCUCCAUUGGAGUUUGGUUAUUUAGUAAGUACAUCGAAUACUUAUUCAACAAAAGAAGAAAAUGUUGUUGUUUUAACCGAUCAACCAAUAGUUUGGUCGAUGGGGAUUAAAAAUUUAUUGGUGUAAAAUGUUUUUAAAUAAUAAUUUUCAUGAAAUUUAUUGAUUGUUAAUAUCUUUUUGGAAUUUAAAAUCUCCCAGUUGUUUUAGAAUAAUUUUUUUGUUACUUAAUUAGCAUAUAAUGUAGAGAGACAUCCUUUUGAUACAUUUUUUUUAUGUUUACCAUUUUUGAAUAAAUAAUUAAUUUCAGA